AGCUCCUGUGGAUUGUUUGCUGCUCCGGGGUUUGUGAAAGCACGGAGCCCUGUGAUGAGCCUGCACACUAUCUAAACUGCUUCCUUACUGUAUCAACGGCUAACGUUACUCUCUGAAGCAAAAUCUGGAGACCACUCCGCUUCCCGCUGUGUGUGUGCACCAUGGCAUCUAAACCUCACCCUCCUCUGAUGAAGAAGCACAGCCAGACAGACCUGAUAAGCCGCCUGAAGAGCAGGAAGAUCCUUGGAGUCGGCGGCGAGGAUGAUGAUGGCGAAGUGCACCGCUCAAAGAUCAGUCAGAUGCUCGGAAAUGAGAUGAAGUUUGCAGUGCGAGAGCCUAUCGGGCUGAGGGUAUGGAUACUCAUCUCUGCAGUGGGUUUCACAGUUAUGGCCGUGAUGGCCCUUGUGUUUCCCAACCAGCUAUAUGAGGUUGUUUUUGAGGAGGAGCUCUCCACGACUAGCAUUUCCAUUCGCCUUUAUGGAGGAGCACUGCUUAGCCUGGCCCUCAUCAUGUGGAAUGGUCUCUACACAGCAGAAAAGAUCGUCAUCCAGUGGACUCUGCUCAGUGAAGCCUGCUACUUUGCUGUCCAGUUUCUUGUGACAUCCAUCACCUUAAUGGAGAUCGGCAUCCUGCCCAAUGGUGCCAUUCUCCUGCUCCUCAGUCGGGUGCUCUUCCUGGUGGUCACAAUGUCCUACUACUACCACCUGGGCCGUAAGCUGAAGAAGAUCUGAGCUGAUUGGUUGAUACAUCCAGGGAGGGGACAGCUGAGCACAGAUCACAAACAAGGGCUCAGAAGGUUUGGAAAAGUAUUUGACUGGGGCUUGUUUGGAGCAUUACUCUGCCAGUGGAUGCCCCUUGCCCCCUUCCAUGGGACCUAGCCUAUUGUAACCCCCAGUAUUCAACAGAUGAGCCCAAAAGUGAAUUACUCUGUCACUGGGCUGUGAGGUCAAGGCCCUCUUGACACACAUUUUUUUCUUUUGCAGUUCUGAGUGCUGUAAUUACAAAGAAGGAAAUAGCAGUUUGUAGUGCAUUGCGUUCUUUUGUCUCAUAGUUAUAUGAUUUAAUUUGUACAGUACAUCUGACUAUGUUGUUCAUGUACAGCCACGUGAUUUCCAGAUUCAGUAUUUAGUGUUAUCUAAAGUUGCAUUUUGACACCGCUUCUUAAUCACGCUCAAGGACUAAAAGUUUGUGCUCUAAUUUGUUUCCUGUUUGAUGCUGUCGAUGUUAACUCAUAGUGUAUGUAUGCUAAAGUGCAGCCUGAAUAUAUGUGCUCUUGCAUGCUUCUCUGACAGCUCUUUAUUGAACACUUUAAAUGGGAAAAGCAUCCGUGCUUAGUGAAAAUGUAGGGGCAGUCAGAUUAGAUAAAUGCUGGAUGAGUGACAAUGAACCUUUUCUUAUACUGCUGACAGCUUUCUUGGUCAGCACACUGAGGGAAUUCCUAAUGUCAGUUUUUGCACUCAAUCAUGCACAUCAACCAUAUUCAGAUUUAGACUACCCAAAAAGAAAUGCUGAAUCUAAACAUUUUUUUCAGGGACAAAGUGAUUUUUUUAUUCCUUGAGGCAGCAGUCAAGAAGUUCUACCAAAGUGAAUAAGAAUUGUUUUGUACAUAAUAUUUACACUACUGCGAUUAAAACAUGUAAUGUUGAGAAAUGUACAUGUGAACUGAUUCGUAGAAGAGAAGCAGUGUAGUUCUCCUUGUUUGUGUGCUGGUAGGCAGGACUUUAGCCUGAGUGAUCUUACAGAAAGCAUUUUAACAUUCUAACCUUUACUGUAAAGCUAGUGUCCCAAGCCGAGCAUGUCAAUGUGCAGAGCAAACAAACCUGAGCUGGUUCCUCUUCAAUGAUGUAGCACAAUUUUUUACAUAAACAUUAUCCUUAGCCUUAAAACUACUUAAAAUAAUAGUCAUCUGCAUCCUACAUCUUGUAUAUAUGUAAAUAAAAGUAUUUACUAUUAUGUGAUGUUCUUGUGAACCGAACAGGGAACUUGUUCAGUAUUAGUAAAAUUACUUUCAAAGAUUGAUCUUUCUCUUGGUGUGUCUUAUUUUGUACCUAUUUAAGUGACAUUUGUGUUUUCGAUGUCAUGGAUGUAGUAUAAUCCACCAAAAGAAAUUGCUCAAAAUGUGUAGCAAGCUCCCACCAACUAGAACACAACGCUGAUAAAUUAAGAUGUUAAGGAUGCAUUAGCUGAAUACAGCAAAAAAAAGCCUAAAAAAGAUAAUUUGAUUUAUAAGGCAGUUAAAAUAUACAGUAUUUGCUUUAAAACAGAUAUAACUCAAUACUUUUUUCACCCAAUCGAUAUGUUCACUAUAUUUUCUACCUCCCACUACUUGGCACCCCCCUCAGGUACGCUACAUCCCAGCUCAGUGUUUCAGACUCGUGCCAGCAAUGCUAAUUUGUCAACUCUGAUCUCUGCAACUCAAAAACACAUUCUAAAAAUAGUUGACUCAUUUUGUACAUUUAUUUUGAGUUGAACAAGAAACAUACUGUAGGCCUCCUCCAAAGGUGGUCCAUAUUGUUGCAAAUGACCAUGUUCAGUCCUGCCCUAGAAGGGAGUGGUCCUGAGGUCAGAGUGAUUGUGGGUUUGCAGUUGCGAGUCCAGCACUGAAGGCAGAUGUGCUUGUUACUUGGGUGAGUUUUCAGUUCAGAUAGGGAAAACAUGAAACAUGGGUGAGGUCUCCCUUACUCCUGAAAAGUUGUAAUUAUCCUUUUUCCAGUGUUUAAUUAGCUGCAGCUCUCCCGAGUGACAUUGUGUGCCCCAACCUACUCCUCUGUCCUGACUAGCAUGGUAAUUAUGGAGUUCAAGAAAAAUGUCAUUCCAUUUCCGUCGAUACUACAGGCCUCAAAUCAUCAGCCCUGUGAAAUGUUCAAAGGUCUGUAAAGCAGGUUAUUUUAGGGGAGAUGGGCAGUCUUGGGGGGGGCGGGCAGAAGAAGGGAGGCAAAGAAAUGACUCUUUUCAUCCUCCUGGUUCUCUGAUGUAAAUUAGUCCAAAUAUUACAUUGGUAAGUUGUGUCCUUGACAUUUUAGAGGAAUGGUAAGUUGAGCUAUUCAUUCCCUCUGAUUUAGAUCCAACACAUAUUGUACUGUUGUGAAAAGCAUACCAGAUCAAACUGUUUCAAGUUGUAGCAUUGUGUUUUUAUGUAUAUAUGUGCUAUAUUGUACCUCAAAAAUGUUAUUUAGUUUGAAAUAAAGCACACUACUGUUUAUAUUGAUGACUUCAAAA